AUGUUGAUAGUGGAGAAUGGAGGUUACCAAGAAAGCGAGGCCUGGAUGACUGUGUGGAAACCAUUUGUUGAACAGGAUGAUGAAAUAAGUGCGAGCCAGAUGUGGAUUUCUAGCAUGAAUGAAGAGGAGCGCGCAGUUAAUGCGAUGGAAGCAGGUUGGCAGGUAAAUCCAGCAUUGUACGGCGAUGAAAACACGAGACUCUUUAUUUAUUGGACUGGUGAUGGGUACGACAAAACAGGCUGUUAUGACCUCAAAUGUGAGAGCUUUGUCCAAACCAGUAGCAAGACCGCUGUUGGUGCGGCCUUCAACCACUAUUCAACUCCUCGUGGUCCAGAAUAUAAAUGCAUCUUUCUUAUAAGGAAGGAUCGUGGGAGCGAGAAUUGGUGGCUCCUAACCAAUAAUCACCAAGUCGGGUAUUGGCCGAACUCACUCUUUCCAUUGCUAAAGGACACGGCACCGAUAGCGGCAUGGGGAGGAGAGAUCAAGAAUGUAUAUUCGCGUAUUUAG